GUAAUUUUAUAGUGUUAGCAUCUGGAGGGUUUAUCAUUCACAAUGGAUGCUCUGAAAAAAGACAUCAGUUCCGUCCUUCUUCCUACCAAAGAGGGCGUUCAGUCCAAGCACUUCCAAUCAGAGUUCGCUGAAUUGAUUGGAGCCCCGAUCGAUCCGAAGAAGUACGGUUUCAAUUCAGUGCAUGAGUUAAUUCGUAGCAUGCCAGAUAAAGUGCAGGUGACCAACCUUGGUCCGGGGCUUUAUCUCUACAAAGCGAAGGUGGAUUCAACCACGGCAGGAUUGUCUCAGUUGAUUGAUAGGCAAAAGGCGAAAAAGAAGAGAAGUCAAGGAGGAAGAGGAAGAGGUGGCAGGCCCGGUGGAUCUGGAGGAGGGGGACGAAAUGCAAGGUUUGGCAAUCGUAGUAGUGGAGCUCCUAAUGUGCAGCGAGUCACAAAUAGAGCACGAGGACCACCCGUAAACGUUUCGCCGAGAGAUCAAGCAGCAAAUAUGAACCGCAUGCGUGAUAAUCAAAGUGGUCAUCAAAAUAACAAUCAGUUGCGAAGUAGCCCCGGUAGCUCCAGCUCUCGUCCUCAGUCCUCUCAGAAAAAUAUGAACCAAGAUAUUCAGAACAACAAUUUAACCAACAUUGAAAACAACUUCAAGAAUAACAAUAACAUAGUCAGCAUCAGCAGCCUUAGCUUGAAUAACGACAACUUGAGAAACAGUUUCAAGGGUACUGGCUACAGCAAUGAGAGAGCUCCCAUGAAUCAAAGAUUGGGACCAUUGAAGGGCCCUGACAUUUCACAGCCUUAUCAUGAAUCGACUCGGCGUUUCAAACCAAACUCAGAUUCAUCAGGAAUUCGAGAUCUGUUUGCGACAGAAAUCAGCGCGGAGUCAGUGACCAUGAUGGAAGCCCCCAGAUUUGAUGGAAAAAACUACGGUCAUUCAAGUUAUGGCCAAUCGAGUGCGUCACAGCAGCAGCAGCAGGGCAGACGAGUCUCUUCAACGCAGUCCAACGCAGCGGAAAAUGGCAUUGCUAACACAGCUGAUUUUGAAAAUGCGCAGCAAUUGUCCAAGAAAUCCAGGCGGGUCUCGAAAUUGGCUGGACGCAAAAAAAAUCCUGUCGGAUCCAGUACUUCUCAAAAUUGGGAAGAAGAUGAUGAAGAAGAAAAGUUAAUUCGAGAGAGAAGCGCUUCUUGUUUAGCUCCGACUGAAAAAAUCCCGACUAACAUUUGCCUUAUGGAAUUGGCAAAGCAACCUGAUUUGUCGGAAAUAUGCAGGAAUUCUCCAUUUGUGCUGUCUCAUUCGGUAUCUCCCGAUGAGUUUUACUUGCAGUGUGCGGCAGAAAGAACAGAAGAGUCAAUGGAUUUGGUUUUCAUUGACCAACUUUGCACAAAAAUUAUGGAAACAAUUGGACCAGAGGUUAAAAAACUGUGUAUUAACGUCGAGAAUUGUUCGAAAUUGCAGAACAAUGAGUGUGUUAUAUUGAGUAGCCCAGCUUAUGGUGUGUGGGUGCGAGCGCAGAUUCAGCAGAAAAAACAGUUUUUGGUGGAUUUUGGACGUUUUACUGAAUCUUUUGAGCCCUGCUUCAGAAUGCCCCAGAAGCUGUAUGAUAUUCCGGCACAGGCAUAUCAAUGUCGGUUAUACGACUUGUAUCCAAUGCAGAGCUAUUGGAGCACAGAAGCAUGUGAGGCAUUUGUGCAGGAAGCUGAACUCAAUAGUUUAAUAGUACAGGUCAAGCAAUCACCUCAACUCACAAGUGCCUACAGCGUAGAUAUCUUUAUCGAUGGUGAAAACCUGGGGCAAAUCCUCUGCUCUAUCGGUUUGGCUCAACGCCAGCCGCUGGUGAGAAGAGUAAAGGCGACAAGUAAACACGAAAAGCUGCCGUUGCGAUAUAUGAAUAGAGUCCGUCUGAUUUGCUUCGAAACACCAUCAGUUGUUUACGUGACGUUGACUAGCCUGGAAGGUCAACUUGAAUCGCUCAACGAGGAAAUCCAUGAGGUGGUGUCACAAGAGUACGAUGGCAGGUCCAUUGUUCGAACUCCGAAGGUUGGAGAAUAUUAUAUCUGCCGCGAUGCCGAUUCCGAGUGCACACGAGUUAAAAUUUUAUCCAUUGACUGUGAGUCUGUUCAAGUCAACUACGAGGACUUCGGCGAGGUCAAUGUUCUUCCUGCGGACUCCAAGUUAUACCCGAUGAAGCCGAGCUUCUAUGAACUGCCUUUCCAGGCAAUUAAAGUUGUCUUGAGCGACUUUCAGAGCAUAGGCGAGAAUAAAAACGUUCUAGAACAGUUGGCUGAGAAGAUGUUGCACAAGGAGUUCUACUUGGAUGUGCUGGAUGAAGUUGAACUGGACGAUGAAACUUUGCUGGUUGAGAUCAUGAGUGUAGAAGGUGAUGUUGUUACUCCUUCGGACAUACUAACCAGUGAAUCAUCGAGUAUCAAUUGCAUCGCAGAGUCACUGUCAUCGGCUGCAGUCAGUCCUGUUUAUGGCCCCUACAGUAAUUUUAAUCUAGAACAACUCGAGGCACUGAUCAAUGACGAUGAUGAGCAUCUCCAUGAUAUCCGAAAUUUUGUGUCGGUCCCCGAAAAAGAGAAGGUGUACAUUGCCUUUCACCCGACAAUGAAGAAAUUCUGUAGAGCUAAAGUGGAACAGCAAAUUGAAAACACAUUUCUAUUGACAUUUUUUGAUUACUCGGAGUCCUUUCAUCGGGUUCUGACUAAUUACAUAAUCGAUGCGUCGAAGUAUGAGCCUAAAAUUAGCCAGGUUACAUUGUAUUGAAAUGUAUGCUGAAACUUAUUUGAAUUUGCUAUUUAUAAAUUAAGUCAAUGAAAUCUAUAAUUUUUGAUCUUGAGAAUUAUGUGUUGUCACGCGAAAAGUUGCUCGUUUAACAUAGAAAAAUUUUAAAUGAUGUUUGAGUUUGUUUUAGUAAAAGUGAUUGUUUUCCCUGACGAAUCAGGCUUCAGAGAUACUGAAAUAGUUCAUUUAGGUUCUGAAUAAAGGUUUGGGCGAGUUAGUCCACAGGUCUGCCACAUCAUCUGUUACAAUUCUAGAGAGUUAGCAAAAAUACAAAAAUAAGUGCGUGAAGAUGCAAUGCGUGCUUAAUUAUUUCUGUUUAAUGGUGUUCCGACUUUUGAGGAAAGUGACGCAAUAUAUAUGCUGGAGGUCUGAGUGGUUUUUAUUCGAACCGAUCUCGGUUUUAUAAAGAUGGCUAAUGCCCUGAGCUCAAAUCUCAAAAGUAUCUUUCGCCUAUGAUAACUUCGAUUGGAGUUAUGGGAGUUUGAAUAGCAAAU